AUGGCGGGCACUCACAGCAAGGAGAGCUUCUUUGUGUCGCUGGAGCGACUGGAUGAACAGGAUAACCUUGAUAACCAAGACGAGGAAUACGACAAAUGGGAGUGUCUUUUAUACUCAAAAUAUAAGGCACCAGCUCCGGUCGUGCCUGCUUCAGUUGCAGAACGAAUCUCACUUCUUCGAGCGAGUUCAGAUCCUCAACCUUCUUCAGACAAUCAUCGGUAUAAUCCGAACAGAUUGUCAAAUGACUCGAAUCCUGCUCCUUUGAUCCGGCAUCAGACGACUGGAAAUAUGCCUGCUACCAAGAGUGGGGGUCCCCCCAGAAGAAGAAGAGAAUCAACAGCGCGAAGGUUGUACCUGAAGAUCAGAAAAUCUUCAAAGACUUAUCUAGUUUUUUUUCCGAAUAACGAUAUCUCCCCGCUUCGACGGCUACGUAUCCAACGAUCCCAAGAAUACGGAGCUCAAUGGAGUCGAGUGUGGGCUAAGACUGUCACCCAUGUGAUCGUCGAGAAAGACUUGCUUCUCAAUGACCUUCUCAGUUCCAUCAAGCUAGAGGCUUUACCAACGACAGUCAUUCUCGUCAAUGAAUCCUACCCUUCCGACUGUAUCCAGUUUCGAUCGGUUUUAAAUCCUUUACAGCUUCGUUUCAGGGUCCAGGGAGUCCCUAACCCCAACACAGAUAAGAAGAAGAAGGAGGAGGAGGAGGAGGAGGAGGAGGAGGAGGAAAAACAAGAGCAGCCACCUGUUCUAACGGAGCCAACCUCGGUGAACGAUUUACCGCUGAAGCCCUCGCGGCGGGAACAAACCCUGUGUCCGGAAUCGUCUCAGCUUUCGGUCGAAAAAGAUAUACAAGCAGCUACCACUGAGCCAGCCGAAGAACCCGCUGGCGAAGUGGACGGCAGGAUCAUUCGGGAGCGUGAUGCUUUGGAUGAGAUUAUCGAUGAGGCAAGGGCAAUAAGUCAUCUGCCCUUGGACCCUCUAGAGUCGUUGGACGAUGACCAUACUGCCACUCCAUCCAAUGAGGAAACCCCAAAUGGCUCAGAGUCAGACUGUGAACCACGGCCAUCAAAAGAGCCCCAGGAAAAGGGUACAUCGAACUGGACGAAGGGCUUCUCUUGCAUGCAGAAGUAUAAUCCAGACGAGAAGCUCGACAACCCGAAUAGCCGGACCAUUGAAGUUCUUCGACAAAUGCUGGACUACUAUACCCAAACCGCAGACCAUUGGCGGAGUCUAGGUUACCGCAAGGCAAUCAUUGCGUUGCGAACGCAGCCAACGAAGAUUUCCACGCGAGCCCAGGCGCGGGCUCUCCCUGGAAUUGGAGAGCGACUUGCCGACAAAAUCGAAGAAAUCGUCUUGACCAACCGUCUUCGUCGUUUGGAAAAUACAAAUGAUACUCCUGAAGACCGACUUAUCCAAGAAUUCCUCGGCGUCUAUGGUGCCGGUCUCACCCAGGCGUCCAAAUGGGUGGCGCAGGGUUAUAAGUCUUUAUAUGAUUUGCUCGAAAGGGCCCCUUUGAGCAAGCAACAACGCAUUGGGGUAGAGAGAUACAGCGACUUUGCCCAGCGCAUCCCUCGAAAGGAGGUAGAAGCCCAUGGCGCGAUUGUGCGAAAGGCGGUGCAAAUCGAAGACAGGGAUAUGCGGGUCAUCAUCUCAGGCUCUUACCGCCGCGGGGCAACAACCUGCGGGGACAUAGACUGCCUGAUAACAAAGCCUGGUGCCACUUUGGAUCAGAUCCGCACCACCAUGCUUGGGCUUGUGGUCCCAAAGUUGUUCCGCUGUGGGUUUCUGCAAGCUAGCCUUGCCCUGUCGUCGCAUCAAGAUGGGUCAAAAUGGCAUGGUGCAUCGACGAUACCUGGCACCAAUCUGUGGCGUCGUAUCGAUCUACUAUUCGUCCCUGAUGCCGAGAUUGGGGCGGCCUUGCUAUAUUUCACUGGCAAUGACAUUUUUAAUCGGAGCAUGAGAUUAUUGGCACGGAAGAAGGGGAUGUGUCUAAAUCAAAAAGGAUUAUUUGCUAAUGUUCUUAGAACACAGCAGGUCAAGCUCAACGCGGGUCGAUUGGUGGAGGGUCGAAAUGAGCGACGAAUCUUUGCUGUACUGGGGGUACCCUGGCGGCCUCCCGAGCACCGGAUCUGUUGA